AUUAUUACUUAAUUGUUGAUUAACGUACUUAUUUUUUUAUUGGUAACACAUCACAUGGUUUGUAAAUGUGGUUUAAAAAUGGAUCUAUUUAGUAUUACUCUUUAAAGAGGAUUUUAAAUAAGCAGAUCAACCGUCAACAAUGACAUCAUGUAUAUGGUUUACGCAUGUGGUUUAAAAAGAGAGUAAUGUUAUACUUAUCAUAUUUCUUACCACAUAAUUGUACCACGUCUAUAUUAGAGGUAAGACCCACUAACAUAUGUAGGUCACACCCACAUUAGAAAUAUAAUAUAAAUGUGGUAGUAUAAAAAAUCUGGUAAAAAUAACAUUUUUGUUAAAAAAAAAAAAUUCUCCCUCUGACAUUACUCUGGGAAGCUUAAACCCUUCUAUUUAAAGAGGCCCAGGUUGAGGCAGACAGACCCACAGAGCGCUAGCUAAAGCACAAAUUAGAGAUACAAAGCUAGUUUCUGACCCAAGAAAAUUAAGAGCCCCAAAAUACCAAAAACACAAGGAAAAAAAAAUGAAGCCAAUUAGUCUAGUUUCUGAUCUCAUGAUUUUUUCAUUAUUUAUCUUGUCAUUUCAAUUUUCUCUCACUACUACCCGCGCUGCUGGUGGAAAAUGGCAGCUCUUGCAACAAAACGUCGGCAUUUCCGCCAUGCACAUGCAACUCCUCUACAACGACCGCGUCAUCAUGUUCGACCGCACCGACUUCGGCAAAUCCAACUUGUCCUUACCCAACGGUACAUGCGUCAGAAACGACUGCACCGCCCACUCCGCCGAGUACGACGUCACAACUAAUACCGUCCGCCCCCUCACGGUUCAAUCCGACAUUUGGUGCUCCUCCGGCUCCGUAGCCCCCAACGGCAACUUGAUCCAAACCGGCGGCUACGAUAUAGGAGAGCGCCGCGUUAGGGUUUUCGAGCCCUGCACUGGUUGUGAUUGGAAGGAGUAUGAGAAUACCUUAGGCGUGAACCGCUGGUACGCCACCGAUCAUAUUCUGCCCGACGGACGGCAGAUCAUCAUCGGCGGAAGGCGGCAGUUCAACUACGAGUUUUAUCCGAAGACCGAGUCUUCGAACCAUGUCUACAGCUUUCCCUUCCUUGUGCAGACUAACGACCCCAACGAGGAAAACAAUCUUUACCCUUAUGUUUUCCUCAAUGUCGAUGGGAAUUUAUUCAUUUUCGCAAACAAUCGAGCAAUUCUGUUCGAUUAUGUCAUGAACAAAGUCGUUAAAACCUACCCGCAAAUACCCGGCGGCGACCCGAGGUCGUACCCUAGCACCGGUUCAGCCGUGUUGCUGCCAUUAAGGAACUUGACGACUCCGUCUAUUGAGGCUGAGGUUUUGGUCUGUGGUGGAGCUCCGAAAGGGUCUUAUAUCAAGGCAAUAAAGGGUACUUUUGUGGAAGCUCUCAACACAUGCGGUCGGAUCAAAAUAAACGACCCGAAGCCGCAGUGGGUUGUGGAGACUAUGCCUCAAGCUAGAGUCAUGAGUGACAUGUUAUUGCUCCCAGAUGGCACCGUUUUGAUCAUCAAUGGUGCAUCUUUUGGGACUGCUGGUUGGGAACUCGGACAGAAUCCUGUGCUCGAACCACUUGUGUACCGACCAGAUAACGCUGUUGGGUCACGGUUUGAAAAACCAAACCCUGCCUCAAUACCGCGAAUGUACCAUUCCACCGCGGUAUUACUACGUGAUGGUAGGGUACUCGUUGGAGGUAGUAACCCUCAUGAUAAAUACGAGUUAGCCGAUGAGUUAUUUCCAACAGAAUUGAGAUUAGAGGCAUUUAGUCCUGAUUAUUUGGAUGCCAAGUACUCGAAGUUGCGUCCGAGAAUCGUUGAUCCCAAAUCACAAGCUAAAAUCAGUUACGGAAAAAAAUUAUUCAUUCGGUUUUCGUUGAAGGGAAGCAUGGCAACGAAUUUGGUGAUGGUGACGAUCGUGGCGCCGUCAUUUAAUACACAUUCCUUCUCAAUGAAUCAGAGGCUGCUGGUUCUUGCGGCGGAGACGGUCAAAAAGGUAGGGACAAUGACGUACCAAGUUCAGGUGACGACGCCGGGUUCCGGUAAUCUUGCGCCUUCCGGAUAUUAUCUUCUCUAUGUGGUGCAUCAGCAAAUUCCAAGUGAAGGCAUCUGGGUUCAAAUUCUGUUAUGACAUGAAAGUUAUAUUAUACAGUUUGUGUAGUGCUUCCUCCCCUUCUUUUUUACUUCAUUUUUUUUUAUCACAAAAACAUGAUUAAUUGUGAGUUGGAAAAAUAAAAAUGUUCAUAGAACAUUUAUUUAUUUUAGACAGAACAGCUUUGAUUCCACUUUGCAAGUUGUAUUUGUACUUCUUUUUAUUUUUAUAACUUUACCAAAGUAGUACUAACUUUUAUAUAAUAAAAAAGUCGA